GUCCCGGCGGCUAGUCGUGUAUGAGCCGCCGCCACUGACACCGCUGUUCGUCGUAGUCGUCGUCGUCCGCCGCGGCCGACGUGUCCGCAGCUCGUCCACUGAAGACGCCGCCGCCGUCGUAGUCGUCUUACCAGUCGGUCCCAUCGUAAUCUUCGACUACAGGUUUUUCGGGUUCUUUUGAAUUUUUUUUCACCGUCUUUUCUCCCUCCACCCUCUUCCUCCUUCCCCUUUUUACCUCGUCGUUCCAUUUCUCGCCCGCGUGUAAAUGAUAUAAUACACACACGUCGCGUAUCACGCGUUCCGUGUAAUAAUAACCGCGUGUGGAACCCACCUACAUACCGUCGCCGUCGUUUAUCUUGGUUUCUCUCGCGUUACCACCGCCGUGUCGCCGCGGUACACCGCGCAACAAAUACGCCGGUGCCGGUAAUGGGUGGCCGGCGCGCCGGUAACGCCACCGCGAGCCGUCCGCGUCGUCGCCGCCGUCGACCGCACGACGGACAGCGUUAACGACCAUCGCUAUCACGACCACUGUCGUCGCCGUCGCCGCCGUACGCUGAGACACGCCACAAGAGCCACAGGCCGCGGUAGCGAUGCCCGCGAUGAUUCGGUGCAACUGGUGGCCGUGUCGCCGGCGGUCCGUCCGACGGUCCGUUCGCCCCGAGCCAGUCGUCCCACCGCGAAGUUGUUGUCGCUGCGUACCAGCGUGAUUGUCGUCGUCGUCGUCGGUUCUUGCCACGCGCGCACCGUCCACACGAGCGAUGACGUCGUCCUUGGCAAAGUUUGUCGCCGUGCUGUUCCUGUUGGCGGCCGUGAAGAUAAAAGAAAGCGUUCAAGGUAAAUUCGAGAGGCAACUCUUGGAUGACCUCCUAAUAGAUUACAACCCUCUGGAGAGACCUGUAUCCAACGAAUCCGAUCCACUCGAAGUUACAUUUGGCAUCACGCUACAGCAGAUAAUAGACGUGGAUGAAAAAAAUCAAAUCGUCAUAACAAAUGCGUGGUUAAACAUGGAAUGGGUGGAUUACAAUAUGAGGUGGAACAUUUCCGAAUAUGGCGGUGUCAAGGAUCUCAGGCUCAAUCCAAACCGACUGUGGAAACCAGACAUACUCAUGUAUAACAGUGCCGACGAAAAAUUUGAUGGUACUUAUCAAACCAAUGUGGUAGUGAGGCACAAUGGUACAUGCCUGUACGUGCCACCGGGUAUUUUCAAAAGUACGUGUAAGAUCGACAUCACAUGGUUCCCAUUUGAUGACCAAAAUUGCCUUAUGAAGUUUGGUAGUUGGACAUACAACGGUUUUCAGAUUGAUUUAGUGCUCAAAUCAGAUGGCGGCGAUCUAUCGGACUUUACAACGAACGGUGAAUGGUAUUUGCUAGGUAUGCCUGGAAAAAAGAACGUGAUAAACUACGCCUGUUGCCCAGAACCGUACGUGGACAUCACGUUUACCAUAAAGAUUAGACGAAGGACGUUAUAUUAUUUCUUCAACCUGAUCGUGCCGUGCGUGCUAAUCUCGUCGAUGGCUCUCCUGGGCUUUACGCUGCCUCCGGACUGCGGCGAAAAGCUCACACUAGGUGUGGCAAUACUGCUUUCACAAGUAGUUUAUCUAUUGCGGUUGGCAGAAGUGUUGCCAGAAUCCUCUGACGCAGUGCCCUUGUUAGGUACAUACUUCAAUUGCAUCAUGUUUAUGGUGGCUUCGUCGGUAGUUCUCACAUUGGUGGUGCUCAACUAUCAUCAUCGAACAGCUGACAUACAUACAAUGGGACCAUGGGUUAAGUGCUUUUUCUUGCUAUGGUUGCCGUGGAUCUUGUGUAUGCAAAGGCCAGGGAAAGACAUAUCGUUCAAAGCCAUCAGAAGUAGAUAUACAGAUCGGAGAGGCAUCGAACUCCGGGAGCGAUCGUCGAGAAGUUUAUUAGCCAACGUUCUUGAUAUCGAUGAUGAUUUUCGAGCGAGCGUUCUAUCACACCGCGUGUACAACAACGGGGCUGCCAGUUCGUCGUCACCGGCGUCCGAGUCGAGAAGCGUCUGCAACUACUCGGCCAGAGAAUUGCAACUCAUAUUGCAAGAGGUGCGGUACAUCACUGACCACAUGCGAAAACAACAGGACGACCAAGAAGUGAUCAACGACUGGAAAUACGCAGCGAUGGUAGUGGACAGGUUCUGUUUGAUAGUGUUCACUUUUUUCACAUUAGUCGCCACUGUUGCCGUAAUGUAUUCAGCGCCUCACAUAAUUGUUGAGUGACUCAGACAUUGUGUUCACUUCUUGGAUGUCGAUAUGGCAGUCAUGAUUUUGUUAAAUAUUUAUUUCAGAGAGUAUGAGUUGUUGUUUUGAAAUAUAAUAUUAAAAGUUUUUUUUUGUAAUACCAUAAAAAAAUCGACGAAGAGCUUA